UCAAUAGGCGGAGCUACAGAGCGGGAAGAGAUGCAGGCGAGAGGCAGUCAGGAAGAAACACACAUUUUGAAAUAAGAGGAAACCCACAGACUCAGCGGCAGAGCCUUUAAAUACAAAACAAAUUUUACUAAUUGACAGUCUCGAGCCCCAACAGGACAAACAGACACGCGCGCGGAGGGCGGACACUGGUUUCAUUUCAUCCGCAUCUUAAUCGCAGAGGAAACCGUCCGCCCCCAGUGACCCAGACAGUAAACAGUCCUCUGACAGAUGGAGAAACAGGCCGGAGCCGCCGGGGCGGCGGACGGAGCAGGGCCGAACAGAAAGCCCUGGGGCUCGCCGACCUGCGGGCCAGCCGCUAGUGAAACCCAGGACAGUCCAUCAGGUUCUCAUGUAGAGUGGUGUAAACAGCUGAUAGCAGCCACCAUCUCCAGUCAGAUCUCAGGAUCAGUCACACCUGACAUUGUGAACAGGGACAACAAGGCUGGGAGAAGACCAGAAUUUCUGGAUUCACAGGAUGAAGGGCUUUGUUACCAUGGAGAAAGUGAUUCUGAGCAUCCUUCCAAUGCUUUGAACCUUCCAGCUCUGAGAUACGGGGCGCAAGUCAAAAUGUUCCAGAACCAGGUUCCUCUGCUACCAGGAGAAAGCAUCAAGACUACAGUAAAGGAUGUGAUGUACAUCUGUCCAUUCAGUGGUCUGGUUAACGGGACUCUGACCAUCACAGACUACAAGCUCUACUUCACCAGCGUGGAGAGGGAGUCUCCAUUCAUUCUUGAUGUGAACCUGGGAGUCAUCAGCCGACUGGAGACCAUCAGCGUCCCCAACCAAGGAGAGAACAACAAAGGAUUGGAGCUAGUCUGCAAGGACAUGAGGAGUCCGAGGUUUGCCUAUAAGACAGAGGAGAGUCAUCCGGAUAUAGUGGAGGUGCUAACCAAACAUGCCUUCCCUCUCUCCCACAACCUGCCUCUGUUUGCCUACCAGUACAAGGAGCAGUUUCCUGUGGACGGCUGGAAGGUGUACGACCCAAUGGCAGAGUACAGACGCCAGGGUCUCCCUAAUGAGAGCUGGACCAUCAGUAAGAUGAAUAGCACCUAUGAGCUGUGUGACACCUAUCCCUCCAUCCUGGUCAUCCCCACCAACAUCACAGACGAAGACAUCAAACGAGUGGCCGUGUUCAGAGCUAGGCACCGCAUACCGGUCUUAUCCUGGAUCCACCCAGAAACUCAGGCCACCAUCGUACGCUGCAGCCAGCCGUUAGUCGGCCCAUCAGACCGUCGCUGUAAAGAGGACGAACGCUUUCUCCAAAUCAUCAUGGACGCCAACGCCCAGUCUCAUAAGCUCACCAUCUUUGACGCACGGCAGAGUAGCGUAGCAGUCACCAACAAGGCAAAGGACGGAGGGUUUGAAAGUGAGAGUUUCUAUCCCAAUGUGGAGCUGAACUUCCUGGAUAUCCCCAACAUCCAUGUGAUGAGGGAGUCUCUGAGGAAGAUGAAGGACAUGGUUUAUCCUACCAUAGAUGAAGUCCACUGGCACUCUAAUAUUGACCAGACGCACUGGCUGGAGUACAUACGGUUGUUACUAGCAGGAGCAGCUAAGAUAGCUGAUAAACUGGAGUCGGGGAAGACGUCGGUGGUGGUUCACUGCAGUGACGGCUGGGACCGGACGGCACAGCUCACCUCUCUGGCCAUGCUGAUGCUGGACAGCUACUACCGCACUCGCAAAGGAUUCCAGGUUCUGGUGGAGAAGGAGUGGAUUAGUUUUGGACACAAAUUUGCUGCUCGCGUGGGUCACGGUGAUGAGAACCACGCCAACUCAGAGCGCUCGCCUCUCUUCAUCCAGUUCAUGGACUGCGUCUGGCAGAUGACUCGUCAGUUCCCAGCAGCCUUUGAGUUCAACGAGCUGUUCCUCAUCACAGUGCUGGACCACCUGUACAGCUGUCUGUUUGGUACAUUCCUCUAUAACAGCGAACAGGAACGGGCAGCCAAGGACGUUCAGACCAGCACUGUGUCCCUGUGGUCCUACAUUAACAGCCAACCCGAGGACUUCACCAACCCCUUCUAUGUGGACUAUGAGCACCAUGUUCUGUAUCCGCUGGUGUCUUCCAGACAUCUGGAGCUGUGGAGCAGCUACUACGCUCGCUGGAACCCACGCAUGAGACCACAGGUGCCGGUGCAUCAGACUCUGAAGGACCUGCUGAUCCUGAGGGCAGAGCUGCAGAGGAGGGUGGAGGAGCUGCAGAGAGAAGCCACCUCCCAUUCCCUGUCCUCCUCCUCUGAACACUCUCCCUCCCCCACACACACCACUGGAACUCCACUGCACACUGCUGUCUGACACACACAUACACACACACAUACACCAGAAACACACUUACACAUCACUGUCACACACUCACACAAGGUUUUAUGCAUGUUUUACUCCCAUUACUAAAAUGUUUAAAAUGUGAGAGAAAGACAUUCCUACAUUUGUGCAAAAACAUUUUUGCAAAGUAAAAUGAUGUUUGUGAAGUAAAAAGAAGUAUUUAAAGAAGCUUUAGGAAUCUUAACAGUUCACUUCCUACGGUCUCGAUUCGAUUCAGAAUCGUUUAAGAAUUGAAUGAAGUGCCACCAGUUUUACCUGCAAGUGUUUUCAUUUUGAAUGAAGAACUGAUACCGUUUGUCUCAGGGCUCUACUUUUGUCAAUAUUCAGUGGUCAGUGAUUCUUCUACUUCCCUCGUGCAAACACUGCCUCCUUUGUUAGAUAAGAGCACCGACCAAACCUGAAGCACUGCUGCCUGGGACUGAACACAGAUGUCUUUCUCAUGGACGUUUUCCUUUAUUUGUCUAAAAGGUGUUGUUGUUAUUUCUUUACUUUGCCUUUCCAUGUGUCUCUGCUCCCACAUGUGAGUUUGUGUUCUGCGAUUGCCAACCACGUUACUAUAGUAACAUCUCUUCUGACUAGUGUUUCUCACUAAUAAACCAAACUAGAGCUUUGGCAGGUAGAGCUCAUCUCAUACUGUAAGUAGUGAACAUCCUGCCUGUUUGACUGUUUGUCAUGUUUUUACAGCCUGACAGCACACUGUAUUUUUGAGGCCAGUACUGAUAUUGAUAUUUGAGAGUUUAAAAAUCCAGUAACGAUUUAUCAGUUGGUAUCAGUUUUCUAAACUACAUAUAAAUAUUUUUUUUUUAAGAAUUGUGACCAAGAUCUGUACAGAGCAGGACAGUGUCACCGGUACCAUCUGUUGUUUUUUAUGUGUUUUGGUUUUUUUUUUGCUUCAGCUUAAGUUAUUUUUAUUGAAAUUUUCCAGGAUUCCUUAUUGCCUCAGCUUCAUUCAUAUCUUUUUUUGGAUAUAAUCCUGCCCACAGACCUGCUUCAAAUUCAUUUCGAACUCAAAGCAAAUUUUUACCUCGCAUUAUUUAUAUAAAUUGAACAGACGGAGCGAUUUCGCAGUCUGUCCAAACAGCCAGUGCACUGACUAUACAGAUGUUAGCUGUAGCAACAGUGACUGAUCUCAGAAUUGACCAAAAAAUCUUUUUUUCCCCUCCAAUCUCUCUGCAUCCUUCUAUUCUGGAUGUUUUAAGAUGGUCACAAAGUGUUUUCAGAAUUUGAGUCUUUGAAUUCCUUUAUAUGCAAUGCACCAUCUAAAAAUUGUGAUUUGCUUUCAGUAAAAAUGGCGCCAUGCUAGCCAAGCAUGAGUACAAUUAGCACUGAGCCAAACGUUAGCGCUGAUUAUGGUUUCAACUCUACUCAUAUUGCCUUUAUUUCAAGAAUCCAACUUAAUCUGCAAUUUCAUUUAACCUUAGAUAAACAAAUCUAUCCUAUGUGUUGGAUGAACCAAGUUAGCUGGAUAAGAAUUUACAGGAUAACUUUAGCCGGCUAACAUCAGAGGAUUAGUUAAACCUCAUAAAGAACUUGUUUUAAAUAAUCACAGUUCAUAUUUUACCCACUCACAGCUCUGUCCUGUGUUUUUUUUAAAAUAAUAUCAGUGUAUUUUUACAGAUCAUAUGUAAUAUAACCCAUACUGUCAUGUGAUGUAAUGUGUAUAUCUUGUCUUUUUUAUGUUAAUAACAUGUCUGUGUAAUUACAUGAAUAUCACAACCCUUCUCCUAAUGAGCCAUAAUCACUUCCGACAUUCCAUUGUAAACAAUAAAAAAAAAAGAA